AUGGACGGAAAGGAUAUAAAGCGUAGGGAAUCGAUGAGAAUCUUUGUGCUGAGCUGGAUCGCAUUAACGGCUAACGGGGUUUCUUGUUGGGUUGGACCAAACGCAAUAAGGUUCAAGUGGGGCCACGCUCUCGUCGACGACGUGAAGCCCAUUAACUCUGAUCGUUUCAGAAUUUACACACGCGCGUGUCAAACAUGCCAGACUACAGCGCGUGGUCGGAUAUUCAAAAUUUUCAGGUGGGACAAAGCCAAGAAUCGCAAAGCAGCGGAAGACUGA